CUCCUGUUCCCCCAUGCCUGUGACCCACGUCGUCGUCCCCUCUGCGUCUGAGAGCAGGCUCUACUAUGUUACGAAGAACAACAUAGAGCAACCCGCUCAGGUGCUCAAGAGUCAAGAUGGGCGCGCGUACGUGCACUACAUUAGGCUCGACAAACGGAUGGACGAGUGGGUGCCGGAGGAGAGCUUGAGGCCCAUGAUGGACAGUCAGGCGAAUGGGGACCACCACGAACACGACAGCCACCGGCGCAAGCGGCGGCGCGUAUCGCAGGACGGGGAUGCUAUCAUGUCGGAGGCGAGCGUAUACGGCGAGGAUGGCGCGACCCCAGGCCCUGAGAUCAUCAUGUCCGAGGAGGAGUACGACCUGCAGCACCACAAGCGGAUCACGCAGCAGAAGAACUUCGAGUUUGUGUGCUUCAGGCAUUGGCGGAUACGAACAUGGUACUUCUCCCCGUACCCUCUCUUCGAUGUCGACACGAGCGAGAUCCCCAUGCCCACAUCCUCGCAACCUGUGCACCAACCCUUACGCCAGCAUGGUCGAUCGUCGGACCUGUUCGCGGGGACGCUUGGGAAAUACUUCUCAUCGGGCGACACAGAGUGCAUCUACGUCUGCGACCUAUGCUUCAAAUACUUCUCCGAGAUGGCGCACCUCGAGGUGCACAAAAGGAAGUGCACCAUGUUCCAUCCCCCAGGGCGCCGCGUAUACCAGCGGGGCGCACACACGAUAUGGGAGAUUGACGGUGCGAAGGAGAAGAUAUACUGCCAGAACCUUGCUCUCUUUGGCAAGCUGUUCAUCGACAUCAAGACCGUCUUCUUCGACUUGGACAAUUUCUUCUUCUAUGUCACUACAGAUGGCGAGACGAAGCAAGAUAACCCCGUUGGCUACUUCUCCAAAGAGAAGGUCUCCUACGACGACUACAACCUCGCGUGCAUUACGGUCUUCCCGCCGUACCAGCGCAAAGCUUUCGGCAUCCUCAUGAUUGAGUUCAGCUACGAAAUAUCGCGUCGGGCAGGCAAGGUUGGCUCACCUGAGCGUCCGCUUUCCGACCUCGGCUUGCGAAGUUAUCUUGCAUACUGGGUCGCCGCUAUUGUUAGGCUGCUAAGGCAACUGCUCACAGUCGUACCCCAAAAGCGUGUAACGUACGGCAUGACUUUCGAGAUCGGCACGCCCGAAGUGGAGAUGCGCUCGCCCGCCAGCAGCCGGCCGAAGAAAGCCAAAGGCUGGGCCGGCGAGGUCAGUUCCCCUGUACCGCAGCCCGAGCCCUACAUCGCAGAUCCCAUCUUCGCCUGUCGCACGCUGGAGACAACGCCCAACGAAGACGGCAGCGCGCUCACGCACGCCUACGUGCGCUGCACGCUCGAGGACAUCGCGCGCGCGACGAAUCUGCGCGCCGAGGACGCUGCUUUCGCUCUGCACGAGAUGGGGUUAUUGGACAGACACGCGACGCUGUCGACGGGGCCGGACGGGGACCAGGACUUCAUCGUAUUCACGCGCACGAUGGUCGAGCGGGUGGUGAAGGAAAGGGACGUGAAGAUGGAGCCGUGUAUGAAGAGGGAGCAUGUGAUGUUGUAGGUAGGGCGUUCUGGCGGGGUAUGACUUUCGACAACGACGGCUGCUUGUGAUCAGA